ACAUAUUUAAUACCUGUCCUACAUCAACAACUCUUGCUAAUAACUACCCAUGAAUGGCAGAAACCAAUCACCGAAGAAUAUAGAUAGUGAUGCCAAUCACUCAUCAAUCAGCCAUUCACAUAGUCAUUACGACUUACGAGYCAAUCAGUUCAAUUUCAUUUAAUCUAUUCUGAUUUCUGGGGUUCAACUUUCAACUACGAUUACGAUAACAUACUUCAACCUUUGUCUUUUGUGCGAUUAUUCAACGAUCCACAAUCAGCUACGUAGCUUUUGAUUCACAAUACCCAUUACAGUAUAUAUUAUACUCGACUCUUUCAAACGUUUCUACUCGUGAGCGACAGUGUUUCCUCCAGAUAUUUGAUUAUUACCAUAAAAGACUAGAGUAAUUGAGUGUGUACUAUACCAAGUUAGGCCAUCAGUGUUAACCAUGUCAAAACCUCAAGUGUUAAUUACAAUGAAACACGUUCCAGAAAUUGCAAUUAGUUUACUUCGUGAAAGAUUUGAUGUCAAAAUUUGUGAUUCCCUAAUACAUGCUUCCAGGACAGAAAUUUUAAAAGAAAUACCUGGGAAAUUUGCAAUAUUUUGUAAUCCAUCGGACAAAAUUGAUGAAGAACUAAUUAAAACUGCAGGCCCCAGUCUAAAGGUUGUUGGUACCAUGUCUGUAGGAUAUGAUCACGUUGACUUGACUGCAAUGAAAAAAUAUGGCAUACGUUUGGGAUACACACCAGAUGUUUUAACUGAAACUGUAGCAGAAACAACAAUUGGGUUGUUGAUAUCAACAACGAGACGAUUUUUUGAAGCUAACCAUGCAUUGAAAACAGGUGGAUGGAAAAAUGUGACACCUACUUGGAUGUGUGGUAGAGGUAUUAGAAACUCUGUUGUUGGUAUUGUUGGAUGUGGCAACAUUGGAACAUCAAUUGCAAAGAAGCUGAAGACGUUUGAAAUUUCUCAACUACUGUACACUAGUAGAACUGAAAAACCUGCUGUCAAAGAACUUGGUGGAAAAAUGGUUACUGUCGAUGAGCUUGUCGAACAAAGUGACUUCAUAAUUAUUUCUAUUGCACUGACUGAGGACACAAAGUUUAUCAUUAAUAAAGAACGUAUUGCCAAAAUGAAGUCACACGCUGUAUUGGUAAACAUUGGUCGUGGAGGACUAAUUGACCAAGACGCACUCAUUGAAGCAUUAAAAAAAAAUAAAAUUGGAGGUGCUGGCCUAGAUGUUAUGACACCAGAACCAUUACCACUUGAUAGUCCUUUGAUAAAGAUGAACAAUGUUGUGUUGUUGCCACACAUUGGGAGUGCUACCAUUGAAACACGGACAGAAAUGGCUGUUAUCGUUUCCAAAAAUAUAAUAGCUGUUUUGGACAAUACUGCAAUGCCAAAUGAAGUUCAGUUUUAAUUUAAUUGUCACAUUUAAUCAAAAUUUGAUUAAAAUUAUCUAAUUUGUGAAUGUUACAAAA